AUGAGCUUUGAGAUGCCCAAAAAUUUCACUUUGCCUUCAACCCUAAAACCCUACCAAGGAAUAGGAAACCCAAAUGUCCACGUCACCAAGUUCCAUGCCAUGAUGUUCAUGAAUAAGGAGUCUGGCCCCAUCCUAUGGCGAACCUUUCCAACCUUCCUAGAUGAAGCCGCCCUAAUUUGGUUCUCCAACCUACCCGAGAGUUCCAUCUCAAACUUCGAUGAGCUGGCCGACCAGUUCGUCAAUCAUUUCGCUGCAUCCAAAAUAUACGUCCACAAUUCUGAUUACCUGAGCACCAUCAAACAAGGGCCGAACGAAAGCCUAAAGGACUACAUGACUAGAUUCGCUGAAGCAACCAAUGAAAUACCCAAUCUAAACCACGGAGUACAUCUCCACGCCCUAAAAAGUGGCCUUUGGCCAGGGAAAUUCAAAGAACCCAUAGUAAUAGCAAAACCCAAGACCCUGGCCAAGUUCCGAGAAAAAGCGACAACUCAAAUCGAAAUUGAAGAAUUUCGAGCACUGCGAAGGGCGGAAAAACCUACACCAAAUAGAGAAGAAGAAAGACGUAACAGGCACUCAAGCAGUAGAACAGAUCAGAAAUCAUUCAGACUAACUCCUAAAGCCGGUACAUAUCAGGACCAACGGCACGUGGACAGAUCCAAAUAUUGUGCUUUCCACCAAAAGUAUGGCCACACCACAGACGACUGCGUAAUAGCAAAAGAUGUCCUUGAGAAGCUGGCCCGCCAGGGACUGUUAGACAAAUACAUUGACAGCCAAGGACGAAGGCGGAACACGGAAGACCUCGGCCAACAACCUAAAGCAUCUGAUAAUUCCCGAGAUAAAGAGAAAAAGGUAGACAGUGAUAUCAAUCCACCACGUAGGAUAAUAAACUGCAUUUCUGGUGGUUUUGCAGGUGGCGGAUGUACGAACUCGGCAAGAAAAAGGUCAUAUCGAGCUAUGAUGACAAUGACAGAAUCAACUCCAUCUCAACCUAUCAACAGGGACAAGCCAUAA